AUGUCCUCUCUAAUCUUGCUGACGUAUUUAAUACUUCUGGCUUCCCUUUUCGGAAACUCAGUCCUAAUUCACAUCAUACGAGCAGAUGACUCCCUGAAGACAACAAUAAAUUACUUGAUCUUGAACCAAGCAUGCGCUGAUCUUUGGUUUACAUUGAUCGGGUGUAUAGGCAUAACUCUCCAAACAGACCAGCUGGGAUAUAUAUGGUUUCGAGGAAAUUUUACUACAAUAACUUGUAGGUCCUUUCUCUCGAUUUUGGUCAUCCCAUCUCUGUUUACCAGCUGGAUUCUGGUAGCGAUUGCUGUUGAGCGUUUUUAUGCAGUCACUCAACCGUUGAGGCGCUCGCCUCUAUCUCAGCACUUAAGGAAAACAGUGGUGUUUAUGUGGAUUUGGUCUCUUGCCGGCUCGACAAAUGUCCUUGUAAAUGGAAUGCUCUUUAAAGCCGAGCCAAACUAUUACUGCACUGUUUCCGAUAAGUGGAUAAUACCUCGCUCCAUUUCAGCCAUAGUAAAUGUAUUCAUUCCUGUAAUAAUAAUGGCAGUUCUCUACACUAUAGUUUGUCGAACACUGUGGUCUCGUGAGAUACCAGGAGAGGAAACCAACCAGAAUCAAGGGCAAAACAGUGCGACAAAGAUAGCAAGACGAGUUUCCAUCAUGAUGAUUGUUAUUGUUGUUUUGUACAUAGUUUGCUGUUUUCCUUACGACGUAAACCUCGCUUUAACAUCUUUAGGCUUCGUAGAAGUAAAAUCUAACGCUGACAGAUUUCUUAUCAUGAUAGCAAUUACCUACAGUAGUAGUAAUCCUUACAUUUAUCUUACCUUUAAUCAAAAAUUUCGACAUGCCUUUAAGAAAAGUCUUCCGAACUGUUUCCGAAGAGUCAAUAUUCUCCGCGUUCCUCCUUUUCGAUCCCAAAGCGUAGAAUUGGAACAAAUAUCAAAAACAGAGCAGGCGCCUGAAAUGGAACGUGUGGGCCGUUAUUAA